CGUCUAUAAAUUCCCCUGGACAGUGCAACGCUGGCAAACGAAACGAUUGCUCAGAAGAACCGUAGCUUUCUUCUCUUUCUCAUUCAUAAUCAAUCACCCACCAACAAAAUUUUCCUGGGAAACGAACAGAAAACCGAUACUCGUUCUGAUAUAAGAUGCCGAGAAAGGGAAUGAGAAGCAUCUGCUUUAACCCCAAAACGACGUCGUUGCUGUCCAUCCCUCGUCAACCAAGACCUACUCCGGCUCUGUUAACAAAUCGUCCCAGCUUUUCUGAAUCAACAAUGGAGAAAAUCAUUGAAUCGGCGACGGAAAUGAUCACCAAAUGGGAUCCCGACUCAUCGACGUAUGCUAGAGUGACUUCUCUCUUUUACGAGGAUAAGAGAGAAGCCAUGCAGUUCUUGAAGUGCGUUAAUGGUCUACAGAAAGCUAUGCAUUUGCUAGUUUCAGAAGAUUCGGCUUCUGAAAAACUAAUCCAAGCUCAAAAUUUGAUGCAAAUUGCGAUGAAGAGACUGCAAAAAGAGUUUUACCAAAUACUCUCCAUGAAUCGGGCGCACUUGGAUCCGGAAUCAGUCUCCACAAGAUCAUCAAGAUCUACCAGAUCGAGCAUCUCAGAUUACGAAGACGACGGAGAGGAUGAUGUUCGAGUAGCAGGCGAUUCCAUCACGGAAGUAGAAGAAGAAUCUUCAAUCGCCAUGGCGGAUUUGAAAUCCAUAGCCGAUUGCAUGAUUUCCGCAGGCUAUGCUAAAGAAUGUAUAAGCAUUUACAAAAUCAUACGCAAAUCAAUUAUCGAUGAAGGUAUCUAUCGUCUUGGUGUGGAACGGUUCAGCAAUUCUCAAAUCAACAAAAUGGACUGGGAAGCUCUUGAUAUUAAAAUCAAGAACUGGUUAGACGCCGUGAAGAUCGCCAUGAGAACACUCUUCAACGGAGAAAGAAUCCUCUGCGAUCACGUCUUCGCUUCCUCAGACUCCAUUAAAGAGUCUUGCUUUGGCGAUAUCUCCAAAGAAGGGGCUUUAAUUCUGUUUAGCUUCCCAGAGCUCGUCGCUAAGACGAAGAAAUCGCCUCCGGAGAAAAUGUUUCGUGUGCUUGGGAUGUACACAGCCAUAGCUGAAAACUGGCCGGAGAUUGAAUCAAUCUUCUCCCACGAAUCAAUCUCCACCGUCCGAUUACAGGCUCUCAAUUCACUCGUUAAACUCAACGAGUCAGUCCGUGGAAUGAUUUCAGAUUUCGAGUCGUCAAUACAAAAAGACUCGUCAAAAUUCCUCGCCCCCGGCGGCGGAAUUCAUCCCUUAACCGUCCAAGCAAUGAAUUAUCUUUCCCUCCUCGCCGAUUACAGCAACGUUCUAACCGAUAUUCUCGCCGACUGGCCCCCGCCAGCAAAAUCAUCCUUGCCGGAAUCUUACUUCGACAGUCCAGACUCCACCGACGGACCGGCGCCGUCCAUCACUUUACACGUAACGUGGCUCAUUCUUGUUCUUCUAUGCAAACUUGAUACCAAGGCAAAACUUUACAAGGACGUCUCUUUGUCAUACCUAUUCUUGGCAAACAAUCUUCAACACGUCGUAUCAAAAGUCCGUACAUCGAAUUUGCAAUACCUCCUGGGCGACGAAUGGAUUAAUCGGCACGAAGCGAAAGUGAGACAGUUUGCCGCCAACUACGAGCGGGUAGCAUGGGACCAAGUUGUCAAAUCAUUACCGGCGAAUCCGACGGCCGCGAUUGCACCGGAUCAAGCGAAAGAUUAUUUUACGAAAUUUCAGUCCAGUUUUGAGCAAGUGUGCAAGCAACAGAGAUCGUGUAUCGUGCCGGACUCGAAAUUGCGGGACUAUAUUAAGUUGUCUAUCGAGAGAAAGCUGGUGGCGAAAUAUCGGGAGUUGUAUGAUAAGCAUAGAUUAACAGUGGAAGGAGAAAAUAAUGCCGGGAUGGUGGUGGGAUUUUCGCCGGGAGACGUCGGAAAUUACUUGUCAGAGCUGUUCUUUGGAAAGAUUGAAGCUUCUGGUUCUGGAAGUCGGAGUUCGUCCUCUCAUCGGCGGCAUUUGCGGUUGAAAGCUUAGAGUUUUGAAGUGGAGCAUUAUUUUAUAUGUUUUUUUCAUUAUUAUUAUACCAUUCUUCUAGGAUGUAAAAUUUUGGUUCGAAAAUAAUAGAAGCCACGAAUUAAGAACAAAAGAAUGACAUUUCAGAAAUAUCAUAAAUAAUGAAUACAGCUACAGAAUUUUCAGUUCUUAA